AGAGGAGAAGGGGCUGGGGAAGGUUUGGGGUUAGAGGUUGGCUUCACACAAAGGAGCAAGCGGCUGGAAGACGGCAGAGCGGCGAGAGCCAAUCACGGCGGCGGCCCGGCGAUAAAAGGCCCUGCGAGGGGGCCGUGGGAGCUCGCAGGAAACGACUCCGGCUCUCACAGCCUGGUCUCUGCAGCGGGGAGAAGGGCAGCCGCAGCACCCCGCCAUCGGGGACGGCUGGACGGACCCACCCCGACCCACCCAACCGGGGCGAAACCCUUGUGCUCGGCAUCGCCGUGAGGAGCGCAGGCAUAUGGUGUUGCAAGAAGAGGUCUGUCUUAGACACCUCCUCAGGGAACAUCGACCCACAAGCUUCAAGCUCAGGAUUAAAGACACAGAGGAGGGGAAGGAGCCAUGUUCCAGGCCACAGGACCUGCCAGCCCCACCCCAGCUCAUGAGGCAAAGAACAGCUCAGGAAGCAGCACAGUGCAGCGCUCCAAGUCCUUCAGCCUGAAGGCUCAAGUGAAGGAGAUGUGCACUGCCUGCCAGAAAACUGUCUAUCCCAUGGAGAGGCUGGUGGCAGACAAAUUUGUCUUCCACAACACCUGCUUCUGCUGCAAGCACUGCCACACCAAGCUGAGCCUGGGCAGCUACGCGGCGCUCCACGGGGAGUUCUACUGCAAGCCCCACUUCCAGCAGCUCUUCAAGAGCAAAGGCAACUACGAUGAGGGCUUCGGGCGCAAGCAGCACAAGGAGCUGUGGGUGCACAAGGAGGUGGAGAGUGGGACCAAGUCGGCGUGAGCGCGGCCAGCACAGCCUUCCCUGGAGCCCAGCAGAGAGGGCACGGAGCAGCGCUGAGCCAGGGGCUAACUGAGCUGAUGUAAAGCAAAGGGGACACGAGGGGCUGUGGGUGGGAGGGGAGGCAGCCCAGCCCUCCUUGGAGGAUGCUUAGAGGGAUCCUACACCUAUAAGGACAGGGCAGAGGCGACUGGGGCAGAGCCCCCAAGCCUGAAGCCCUCUCUCUGCAGGCCCCUCUCCCUGAUGAGAUCAGACCAGAAGCUGGUGCCUGUUGCCUCUUGUCCUGUCCCUGGGCACCACUGAGCAGAGUCUGGCCCCAUCUUUUUGUCGCCCACCCUUUAGCUCUUGCUGAGCAUCGAUCAGAUCCCCUCUCAGGCUGCUCUUCUCCAGGCUCAACAGCCCCCAGGGCUCUCUGGGUCACAAGUUUCAGGCCUGUGACCAUGGCAAAGGAGAUGACUCGGGGGAGCUCUUAACCUGGCCUGCAAGUCACAGCAGAGCCCCCAGCUCCUGCCACACCAAGCCUGCCUUGCUGGGAAGAGGGGGGGAGGCCUCCAAAUGAGGAGGGUCCUUGGUUUCCAUCAGCUCAGUUCAGCUGGGAUUGUUCAGCCUUAAGGAUGUUGCCCUGCGCCCGUUUCUCAGUGUGUUUUAUAGCUGCCUCUGACGGUACGUCCGGCGCCGG